CUUCCCAGACACCAGUAAGAAGUGAUCAGUCUGUGCGUUGUUCUCCUCUGCUCUGGAUGGUGGGCUACUGGGAUGUAUUUUGGAAGGGGGGUCGGGCAGCAGCGACCCACCAGCAUCACCGCCACUGAGCCUGACAUGAAUGACAAGUAAAAGAGGUCUUUCACGCGAGCAAAUAGCACAGGAAUGUGCACAAGUCUGCUGGGCUCCACUCGGGCUUCUCUAAUCGACAUUUUGGACCUUUUGGACCUACCCCGGUUUGUUUGUAAACACCACGCUGAGAAUUAAGAGAGCCCUUGAUUUGUAUUUUGUUGCACAGAUUUUUAAUUGCAUUCUUUGUUUAUUUUUUCUUUUCUUUUUAAUUUCUGAGGGGCGAGUGGGUUUGUUGGGAGGUUUUUUUUUUUCUUUUGUCAAGCCUGAACAAGACAAACUUCUCCCAUGGCACUGGUUAUGGAGCCCGUGAGCAAGUGGAGCUCCAGUCAAGUGGUUGACUGGAUGAAAGGCCUGGACGACUGCCUGCAGCAGUACAUCAAGACCUUCGAGAGGGAGAAAGUAGGGGGGGACCAGCUGCUGCGUAUCACCCACCAAGAGCUGGAGGAUUUGGGAGUGUCCAGAAUCGGCCACCAGGAGCUCAUACUGGAGGCUGUGGACUUACUCUGUGCUCUGAAUUACGGGCUGGAGACUGAGAAUCUGAAGACUCUUUCUCAUAAGCUCAAUGCAUCUGCCAAGAACCUACAGAACUUCAUCACAGGCAGGCGGCGCAGCGGCCAUUACGAUGGCCGAGCCACCCGCAAGCUGCCCAAUGAUUUUCUUACCUCUGUGGUGGACCUGAUCGCUGCUGCCAAAAGCCUUCUGGCGUGGCUGGACAGGUGCUCUUUCUUUUUCAGGUCUCCAUUUGCUGCAGUGGCAGAUUACUCCGUGACGAGAAACAGCGUGAUCCAGCUGUGUCUGGAGCUCACUACAAUUGUACAGCAGGACUGCUCUGUGUACGAAACAGAAAACAAAAUCCUGCAUGUGUGUAAAACUCUCUCUGGAGUGUGUGACCACAUUAUCUCUCUGUCCUCGGAUCCCAUGGUGUCCCAGGCUGCACAUUUGGAGGUUGUGCAACUAGCCAACAUAAAAUCCACUGAAGGACUGGGCAUGUAUAUCAAAUCAACAUAUGACGGUUUGCAUGUAAUCACCGGGACAACAGAAGGAUCCCUGGCUGACCGCUGUAAGAAAAUCCAUGCUGGAGACGAAGUCAUUCAGGUCAAUCUUCAGACAGUGGUGGGCUGGCAACUGAAGAACUUGGUGAACUUGCUGCGGGGGGACCCUGCUGGUGUCACCCUGACUCUGAAGAAACGCCCACAGAGUACGCUCACCUCCACCCCUGCACUGCUCAAGAACAUGCGAUGGAAACCGUUGGCUCUGCAACCAAUCUUCCCUCAGAGCCCCACCAGCAGUGUCGCCACGCCCACCAGCACUUUAAGUACGCCAUCUAGGAGGAGUAGCUGUGCCCUGCAGGACCUCUACAUCCCCCCUCCUCCACCAGAACCCUACACCCCCAGAGAUGACAAGGGAAGUCUGCCGGGUGACGAUCCUCAAGCGGACGUCCAUGUUGCCGAGGGAUCCGAGUCACCAAACUCCUACCUGGACCAGGAGUGUCGGGGGCGAUUUCCUCUGGUGGAGGAAGAUUCUAUACUAUACUGUUACGAGUAUGACCAGAACCAAGAGGUGUCCUCAGUCCGCAGGGGGAGCACUCCCACCUAUGGCAGGCUCAGGCCCAUCUCAAUGCCGGUGGAAUACAACUGGGUGGGAGACAACGAAGACCUGGCCAAGCUGAAGAGAGAGAGCAGGAGAGAGAAUUCCCUGCUGCGCUUUGCGAGUGAAGAUAAAGCCCCGGGGGAGGACUUCCUGCUAGGACGCAGCCUGAGUCAGAACAGGAGGAAAACUGAGCGAGGAGGCAGCCCCACUCAUUACACACUCGUCCCCGCCCUCCAGAUGGAAGUCUCCCUGUCCACAUCCAGCUCUGACUCUGCCUCCCUGUACCAUGUGUUUGAACGAUCCUCACUGCUGUCAAGGUCAAAGAAGAAGAGCAAAGCUGGAAGUCCCAUGUCUUCAAUCAGCAAGCGGCGGAUUUCCUGCAGGGACUUGGGUCAGGGGGACUGUGAGGGCUGGCUGUGGAAAAAGAAGGAUGCUAAAACCUAUUUCUCACAGAAGUGGAAGAAGUACUGGUUCAUCCUGAAAGACACGUGCCUCUAUUGGUACAUGAAUGAGGAGGAUGAGAAGGCUGAGGGCUUUGUCAGCCUCCCAGAGUUCAAGAUUGAUCGUGCCACUGAAUGCAGAAGGAAGUUUGCUUUCAAGGCUUGCCAUCCGAAGAUAAAGACCUUCUACUUUGCCGCGGAAAAUGUAGACGACAUGUCCCGGUGGCUGAGUCGUCUCAGCAUGGCAGUGGCAGGCUACUCUGAGCAAGAGAAAAUUCGCCGUGACCAAGAUUACUGGAGUGAGAGCGAUCAUGAGGACAUGGAAAUGCCCCCGAGGCCCAAACAAGACAGUCCACCACCACCUUAUGACACCUUUCCCAGAGCGUCCUCCGUGAGUCCCUACCUGGAACCGAAACGUGGCCAUCUCUCCUCCUCCGACACAUUCCAGUCCCGCUCCUCUCAUGAGGAGUUCCACUCUGAGCCUCAGGACGGCAGCAGCAGCAACAACGGCGUCUCCUCCGGAAAGACGACCAGCCACCGAAAUUCAUGGCAUGAUCAGAUGGAGAGCAGCACGAGGAUGCACUAUCUCCAGACAUUUCCCGUGGAGGAGACCCUGCUGUCUGCGGACAGAGACCACCUGGCGAUGGAGUACCGGAGGCAGUCUACCCUGCCUGCACAGCGCAGCCUGCUGCAAGAACAGUACAGAGCCCUGCCUCUGCCCCUCAGGGCCAGUAUUGAGUCAGAAGGGGGAGGGAAACCACGCAGCUUCACGCUACCCAGAGACAGCGGGCUACAUGCUAUCCUGGCCGCCACCGCUGCUGAUCAGAGAGAGCCCCAGCACUACCAGCUGGACCGGGCCGGAGACACUGGCCAUGGACGGGACUGCAGGAUGCAGGCAGACUCUCUGGGAGAUUUGUACCGGGCUCUGGAGCAGACCAGUCUGUCCACCUCAGCUGAUCACAGAUCAGCCAGCCGCCUGGAGUACAAGCGCUCAUUUGUCCGCCGAGUGAAUGACCCGCUGCUCAAUGACAAGCUUCAUCGUCUCCGGAUCCUCCAUAGUUCACUUAAGAAUGUCCCUUUUCAAGACACAAACCGGUCAUUGGGUUUUUUAGGGUGAAGAUUGGUGUGUUGAUUAAAUCUCAAAUGUAUUGCCUAUGCCUGUGCUUCACACAGCCGGCAUCCCUCUGCUAGAGAUAAAAGGCACCAAAAACCUUCUUUUACCUGCUCAGCUCUACACCUUCUUCCCUGCUGCUGCUCCUUCAACCUCGCUCACCGUCCAGGAGCACAAAGACUUGGUGUCCGUUCCCGUCCAGUCUCUCUCUUUACAAGAUGAGGGUUGUUUCAAAUGGUGAAUAAAGAUGCUUGGCUUGAUAUAAUAACUCGUAGACUCACAGGGUUUACGACAUGUAAGCACUUUGCAUCUGUGUCCAAAACUUGUCAGAGAGCUUUGUAGUUCAUCGCUCACAUGCAUGGCCACCUCCCCUUGCUUCUGUUUAAUCGUUUUGAACAUUACCACUGGAGUUGUGUACAGCCGCUCAGUAAGGAUGACUGAGGCAUUAAAAGCAAAGCUAUUUUGGAUGUACACAACAUUUUAUUAUGCAUGUGUGUAUGAUUAAAGGGUAUGUUUGUUCUACGAGUGUACAGGGUGUUAAGUAUAUAUACAUAUAUAUAUUUAAUAUUACGUUACUUCAAUAACAGUGACUACACAAUGUUUUGGGGUACUUAUACAAAUUGUAAAUCAAGUGCUGUGCCUCAGUGAUUGUGAAUGUACAUUGUACUUUUCCAAGAGAGACGAGAGAAGAUAUAGAAAGCUAUUCCUCAAAACAGGGGCACAAGAAUUUAACGCUUGGCAAUAAUGAACUAGUAUUGUAAAUUACAAAGGAAUGAUCAGAGUAGUUGUCUAUUUUUGUAUGCAUGCUGUCAACCUAAUUGUUUGUAAAACAGUUUUGUAUUUCUAAGUGCGUUUGACAGAGUCCCGGUGUCGACCCUCCCACCGCUAAGUUGUGUUUUUAAGACUUAUUUUUUGCCCCAGAAUACUGCAGACAUUGCAGGUGUUACCACAAAAAGAGGAAUAACUGUAUUUAUUAAGUGUUUAAUGUACAAGCAUGCUUUGCAUCACUAAAACACAUUACCAUGCCAUUGGAAAUUGACUGACAUUGCACAAGUGUGCCACAUUGUAGCUAAAGUACUUUUUUAUUGAAUAAAGGAUGGCAUGGGAACAUGUAAAA